UUAAAAAAAAAAUACCACUUAGCUUAUCAUAAGUGGUAAAAUUUUCUUCUUCCUCAUUUAGAACCCACAGUUUUCACUUAGUAAAUGACUAAAAGGCCAAAAAUUUCAUUGGAAAUGUUUCCUUCUCCUACAAAACACUCAAGGAGUGACACACGUACAGAUCCAUCAUGUUUAAACGGUUCCUCAGAACUUCAGGCUUGACAAACUGUAUUGUUUCUUUCCAGGGUAAUGGGUGAAAAUCAGACAUCCAUCACAGAGUUUAUUCUCCUGGGGUUUCCCCUCACCCCAAGGGUUCAGUUGCUUCUCUUUGGGCUCUUCUCCCUGUCCUAUGCCUUCACCCUGCUGGGGAACGGGGCCAUCCUAGGGCUUAUCUGUCUGGACCCCAGACUGCACACCCCCAUGUACUUCUUCCUCUCUCAUCUGGCAGUCGUUGACAUGUCCUAUGCCUGCAACACAGUGCCUCAGAUGCUGGUGAACCUCCUGAGUCCCACCUCACCCAUCUCUUUUGCUGGCUGCAUCACAUAGACCUUCCUCUUUUUGACUUUCGCUCACACGGAAUGUUUUCUCCUGGUGGUGAUGUCCUAUGACCGCUAUGUGGCCAUCUGCCACCCCCUCCGGUACUCUGCCAUCAUGAGCUGGAGGCCCUCCCUUACUCUGGCAGUGACUUCCUGGAUUUUAGGAGUACUCCUUGCCCUGGUGCAUCUAGUGUUGCUUCUGCCACUGCCCUUCUGUGGACCCCAGAGAGUUAAUCACUUUUUCUGUGAAAUCAUAGCUGUUCUCAAACUUGCCUGUGCAGACACUCACAUUAAUGAGAUCAUGGUCUUGGCUGGGGCAGUGUCUGUGCUGGUGGGACCCUUCUCCUCCGUUGUCAUAUCCUACAUUCAUAUUCUAUGUGCCAUCCUAAAGAUCCAGUCCGGGGAGGGGCGCCAGAAAGCCUUCUCCACCUGCUCUUCCCACCUCUGUGUGGUUGGACUCUUUUAUGGCACAGCCAUUAUCAUGUAUGUUGGACCCAGAUAUGGGAAUCCCAAGGAGCAUAAGAAAUACCUCCCUCUGUUCCACAGUCUUUUCAAUCCCAUGCUCAACCCCCUAAUCUAUAGCCUGAGGAACAAAGAAGUCAAAGCUGCCCUGAAGAGGGUGUUUGAAAAGGAGAGGACUUCAUGAGAGAUUUGUAUAAUAAUAAACUUAUUGGGUUUAAAGAAUCAGAGAAAUUAUUUCAUCCAAUACCCACAUAGGAUACAUACACAUGUUCUAGGGCAUUAUUUUCAUCUUCUUGACAUUUUCCUAUGGAUGCCACCCCCAAGAAAGCCCAUUCUAUUUUCUUCCCCCGGCACUGAAAGUCAAUGCUGCAUGAGAAAAUGAAAAUGUCUUGCAAACAGCUACAUUGAAUACUCACUUUUAAUAUGAUUGUGUGAGAUAGUCUGUAUAGGAUGAAAUAAAUUUGUAUCUUUUCUUAUUCUGUAAGCAGGACUAGUAGCCAAAUUGUGGUAGAAUAAAGGAAGACAUUGAAUAUGAGAAUAUUUAAGACACUGGAGUUGGGAGAAAUUGAUAACAUAGUUGUUAUUUAAAUAUUUUUAAUUCAGCAACUGUCAUCUCCUUUAAAAAUGUCUUCAUCAAAAAGUAUUUGUAUGUAUUGCUAUAGUAAUGAUGUUUCCUAAAGCAUACCAAACCUAAAGCAUAAUCAACAUAAAUUAGGGAGACCACAAGCUAUGGAUUCAAGGUAAAGAGAAUUAAGAAUAUAACUGUAAAGCAACUGAAUAUAAAAAUAAUGCUCAGAGGGUGUCAUGCUAAUAAGUAUAUAGACCUACUGGAGCAUUUUUCUCCAUGGGGAAGUAGAGCUGAGGGAAGAGAGCAGAAUGAAGGAAGCACUGAGAGUCCUAGGAAGAACUAUAAUUUCUCUCAUUGGUUUGAUCAAUCAUCUCAUAGGGAAGAUAAUAAAAACCUAGAAAAAAAAAUCUUGACAAAUAAGAACAGGCUUGAAGAUGAAGGAGACUUGAAGCUCUGAUAAAGAUCAAAGACUAUAGCCUACAGUAUGGAUUAUACCUCAACACAAAGAAAACAGAAAUCAACCUAUAAGCAACAUAGGAUAAAUGGAGAAAAUACUGAAGUUGUCAAGGAUUUCAUUUUACUUGGAUUCACAAUCAAAUCCCCAUGGAAGCAGCAAUCGAGAAA